CAGGAGGCGUCCUGGCGACAGAGGGCCCCUCGGUUGCUAUGGAGGGAAACCCCGGGAGGGAAUGUUACCCUGGUCAGACGGUCGUGUCCAGUCUUGCGCUACAAAUGUUUCUUUACUUUAACUGCUACUUUUUCCCCUUCUGGUGGGCCUGCCACAUCGUUAUGCUGGAGUUGAAGUACUUCUACCUCAGUACCUACUACAGGAUUACGCUCACCGCACUCAUUGUGGUCAUGACGUUGGUUGAAGUUGCAAGAUUGUAUCUCGGGUACCUGGGGAAUCUCCAGGAGAAGGUCCCUGCCCUGGCAGGCUCCUGGCUGCUCUCUCUGCUGCUGCAGGCUCCGAUGUUGCUCUUCCACCUCUGCAACCCACACCUCAUCGUGCUGCCCGUGGAGUGGGCGACGGGGCUCCUGUACCUCGCAUUCAUCGCCACCGAGAUCGUCCUCUCCAUCCGCGCCCUGCGUCGCCUCACCGCCCAGCUGGAAGAGCGUUUUCACCUCGCCCACCUACACCUGCACCAGGAGAGACAGGAAGGGCCGAAUGCAUAGAGCUGCCCCAGUACCUCCACACUCCCCCUGUGUGUGAGUCUCACAGAGAGAAAGUGUGUGUGUCAGAGUGUAAGUGUGCGUGUGUGUGAGAGAGGGAGAGAGUGUGUGGGAAAGACAGAGCGAGAGAGUGUAUGUGUGCCCGUGUGUGCGUGUUCGUGCGUGUGUGUCCGUGUGUGUGUGUGCGUGUCUGUGUGUGUGGGUGUGUGUGCGUGUGUGUGUGUGUGUGUGUGUGUGUGCGGUCGAUCCAGCUCGAGGUUUUCCGGGCGAGUGCCCUUGAGCUUGAAGGUCGAAGCCACUCUUCUUAACGCGCGGAUUAGGUCGCCACAGUGGGACAGACCAUGUUGUGUCUUGCCUUCGUACGAGGGGAAUGCAGAAUCAGACCCAGACCGGGAGUUUCUACAAAUAUGAUUCCUUUAUUCCUUUUGGUGAUGGGGGGGGUAGAUGAUGCCCCCUCUCUCUCCCUCCUCCUCUGCUCUCCCACCCCCUCCUCUCUCCCCACCCGUGGGGUUUAGUCAGAGCUAGAUUUCGAGCGUGCUGCCGGCUUUCUCUGAGUGCUGUGCAGAGACAGAGAGAGAGAGAGACGGGUCAGGAACACAAAACUAGUGUACAGGCCCUUUGUCCCACAGUGAAGGGGGGGGGGGAGAGAGAGAAGGAGAAGAGAAAGUGGGAAAGAGAAAACAUAACGAGAGAUGGAGACACAGGAGGAGGAGAGGGAGUGAGGGGGGAGAGAGACGGACACACGGGAUGGGGAAGGAGAGGAGGGGGAAGAGAGAGACAGGGACACGGGUGGAGCAGGAGUUAGGGUGUGGGUGAAAUGUUAUUAUUUAUUGGGUUUGUGUUCUGCAAUAAAGGAGAUUAUUUUUGGAGCCU